UGCAUCUUGCGUCCAGCGCUAACAAAAAAGAAAAUGGAUGAAACUGUUAAGGACAACACGGAGGAGUUUGUUAACGGUAUCAAGGAGGAAACAGAUGAGGCGAUUAUUUUGCCGCCAGCGCUAACAAAAAAGAAAAUGGAUGAAACGGCUAAGGACAACACGGAGGAGUGUGGUAUCAAGGGGGAACAAGAUGAGGCGAUUAUUUUGCGGCCAAGGCAAAAAAAAAAGAAAAGGGAUGAAACAUCUAAGGACAACUCGGAGGAGUGUGGUUUUAAGGAGGAACAAGAUGAGGCGAUUAUUUUGCGGCCAAGGCUAAAAAAAAAGAAAAUGGAUGAAACAUCUAAGGACAACUCGGAGGAGUGUGGUAUCAAGGGGGAACAAGAUGAGGCGAUUAUUUUGCGGCCAAGGCAAAAAAAAAAGAAAAUGGAUGAAACUGUUAAGGACAACACAGAGGAGUGUGUAAAUGGUAACACGGAGAAACAAGAUGAAAACGAUGAGGUGAUUGAUUUGGUGGAAUCUUCUGAUGAGAGUGCCGCUUCCAGCGUGGAUUCCACAGAAGAGGAGAUGUUCCUCGAUGGUCUGGAUCCCCUCUUGGAUCGGCUUUCGGAUACCUCUGAUGAUGACUGGUAUCCAGAGGCCACUCCACAAAAAAAGAAGAGAUCCGGUCUGUCUUCUGUAGAAUCUUGCAGAUCUGGUUCACCCACUUUUGUGCAAAGUGGCAAAAGCAGAGGUAGGAGAAGCAGCAUGAGUCGAUCCCUACCUUUUCCCUCAAGCAUCUUAGAACAGAAGUGGAAAAGUGUAGAUGAGCCUGAUGUUGAGCCAACACAGCCAACAUUCAGACCUAAAAACACACCCGGCCCACAGCUGGUCUCCACUGCAACAUGCAGUCCUAUGCAGUAUUUUGAGUUGCUCUUUUCAAAAUCAGUGCUACAGAAAGUUGUAGAACAUACAAAUGCAUAUGGAGCCAUGCGUCGUGAAGGAAUGAAGACACCAUGGGAGGACAUUUCAAUAAAAGAUCUGAAGUCAUUCAUAGCACUGGUGAUUUACAUGGGCAUGCUGAAAUGCUUCAAACUGACAGACUACUGGAAGAGAUCAGACUUAUACAGUCUGCCGUAUCCUGCAAGAAUCAUGUCUGGAAGGAAAUUUUUUAGCAUGUGUGCGGGGCUCCAUCUUAGUGAUCCUAAAGUGGAUGCAGAGAAUGACAAGAAGAGGGGAACACCUGAAUACGACCGCCUGUGUAAGAUCAAACCGCUGUACCAGGACAUUAGGGAUGCCUGCAGAGCCUCUUUCCAUCCCUCUCAGAACAUCUCCAUUGAUGAACGAAUGGUGGCAUCGAAGGCUAGAAAUGGACUCAAACAAUACAUGAAGAACAACCCUACAAAAUGGGGGUACAAACUUUUUGUACUGGCAGAUUCCCUCUGUGCCUACACUUGGGACUUCUUCAUUUAUGAAGGCAAGGUCAAUUCCGAGAAGAGCAAAGGCAUUAGUUAUGAUUCUGUCAUGAGUCUGACAAAUGAAAAGUUGUUGGGAAGCGGCUACAAGCUGUUUGUUGACAACUUUUACACCAGUCCCAAGCUCUUCAGAGACCUGCUGCAUAAAAAGAUCUGGGCUUGUGGCACCAUUCGUGCAAACCGCUUUGGCCACUCAAAGACACAGGCUCCUCGUGGCAAUAUUCGCUGGUUUAGGGAAGACAAUCUGCUUUUUGUUGAGUGGAAGGACAAGAGAGACGUACUGAUGUGCUCCACCUUUCAUAAGGCCUUUAAUGGGGACUCCAUUAAGAGGAAUGUGAAAGGAGCCGAUGGAGUUUGGGCCUUUCAGGAUUUCCCCGUUCCAGCCGCAGUGCUGGAUUACAACAAGCACAUGGGAGGAGUGGAUCUGUCUGACGCCCUUAUAGGAUAUUACACAGUUCUGCAUAAAACAAAAAAAUGGUAUCGGUCCUUUUUUUACCACUUUGUGGACAUCGCUGUAGUCAAUGCCUUCAUUUUGCACCAGCAGAUGGCCAAGAUGAAGAACCAGAAGCCUCUGACCCAGAAGGACUUCCGGGAGGCGCUUGUUGCAGAGCUUGCGGGAACAGGACCUGCAUCCGCCUCUGCACAAGAACGACAGGUUCCUGCUACAGAUUCCCACCUGCCCAAGUACAUCAAAGGAGACAGCACUUUUGGAAGACGGAAAUGCAAACUGUGUUCCAGUAAAACUCCAGUCAUGUGUGCAACUUGCCGGGUGCAUUUAUGCUUUGUUCCAAAGCGUGACUGUUACAGUAAAUGGCAUGAAUUAGCUGAUGAGUCUGACGCAGAGUAAUGCCCAAGGUACACACUACACUCUAGAGCUUGCGAACAGUUGAACGCGUAGCCAUUCAAAAUAUACUCUAUUUGACUGGGUGCGCGAACGCAGAUGCUGGACACAUGCCCUCUAGGACGUUUCAUCUUUGUCCAGCGUCUACACUUUUUCUCCAGAGGUUUUGACAGAUAAAAAUAUCUUUGUACUCUUUUAAACUAAAGUUGCACCUAUCUCUCAUGCACACGAGUGCUUGUCAAUGCAGGCGUCUGUUGUUGUUGCGGUCUCUCAAUUUGUUUAGUCUCUUUUUGUCUUCUAUUUUGAAACAAUGGCCAGUGUUGCCACCUAGUGGAAUAACUGAUUUGUGCAAAACAAAUGUAAUGCACAUGACCUGCACAUACAAAGUAGGUGUAGUUACAAAAAUUGGACGGUGAGCGUAAGGUACGCAUGUACUUUUCUGGUGGAAAAUUUGUAUCACACACACUGAACCAGUACCCUCGCGUACAGGUAAAACCUGAAGUAUAGUUUGGGCUAAAUGCUUACAGUGCAGUUUAUUCAUAAACAAGUCCAAACUGCCAACCAAAACUCAGAAAUCAAGAUAACCAGAAAUGCAACAUGAAACUAGCAAGACAUUGAUGACAGACUAAUGGCAUGUGAGGCUUAUAAAUACUAAUAAACUGGAAAUAUCUUAAAGGCAUUUUAGCUUUUAGUGGUAGUUUUUUGAGUACUCGCAUUGCAAGUAAAUAUAUGAAAAAAUCUCCCAUGUUCUGUUGUGCUGGAACCACACGGGAACUGUAUUUUCAGGCUAACUUAGCUGUAAAAUCUGUUAGGAACGGUUUGUAAUUGUACCAAAACAUGUUCCAAUAGAAAUGCUAUUGGUACCGAUACCUGUCAGAUUCUGAGCUAUGUGACAUGAUGGAAAGGUGCUUAAUAUUAGUCUUAUAUCUUUAGAAUUUAACAACACAUUUUAUAUUGGCGUUUUAAAGGUGUAAAAAU